AGCUCCCGUUGAUCAUUGGCAUGCCUUUGUUUGCUUAUAAAGUAGAACUGUGAUAUUAAUAGCAGAUCUUAAAAUGAAACCAGGAAGUCAGAACUAUAUUGAUUUGACUAUGCGGUAAUCAAGAACUUUUAUUACAUGAUAAAUUACUAGGGGAUAUUUUGCAGACAAACUUGUAAAUUGCAUAUAGGAACAGACCAUGUUGGAUUACUACUAGUGUUGGAUUACCUGUGUGUAUAUGCCAUAAUGUCAACAAGAGGUAGCCAAAUACUCACCAACCCGCACGUGACCAUAGGAGCCCAAGAGCUGCCAGUUGUCGAAGAUUGCGCCAGGUCAGGCUUCCUCCGGAAACAAGGACGGAUUGAGCGGACAAUCAAGUUUCUGAAAUGGCGUCAGCGGUACGUGGUCCUAUCCAAGGGAUGUUUGUACAUCUACAAUGACGAGUAUGCCACCGCUCCGAUGUCCUCUGCGUUCCUCGGAAAUUAUAUCAAAUGUGUGCGACAGCGGGUUCCGGGCCGGAUGCAGUGGAUCUUCCAACUGGUUCCCGCCACCCAGGCAACCCUAGGGACAUCGGGCACUAGCCACAGCCUCAUGUUCUGCAGCGCCACGGAGGAAGAGAGGAAGGAAUGGAUGAGUGCGAUUAAGAACGAGCUGAUGCUAGCACACAAGUUUACCGAAGAGCAAAUAGCGCAGCACAAGCUGGGCUGUUCGGACGAGGAGUAUAUAUACCUGGAGAAGUCAGUAGUGGCGGAACGGCCCCGGGCUCUUCAUCCCGCGCGCAACGUGCCCCUCCCACGGGAAGAAGAGGAAGAUUACCACGAAAUCGCCAAUGAACAAAUGCUGCCAGACAAUCAAAUACAGCCCAGUAAGAGGAAUAAGCCGACAUUUCCUGCACCACAGCCAGGAGCCCAAGAUAAGGGCUUUGUGAGACAAACAAGCUCACCCGCCACUUCUCCACUGCCCAGCCCGACAAGUCCGUCCGCGGUAUCAAAAACGUCGUAUGAAUAUGAGGGAAGUGACAGGAACCACAUUGAAAGGCUGCUGGUGGCGCUUCCCCGGGGCACGUAUCUGGUCAGAAAGUCCAGACAGGACAAUAAAGAGGUUUUGUCCGUGAACAUAGACAAUUCUCUGAAGGAGUUCAAGAUAUAUGAUAAGGACGGUCAGGUGACCGUGGAUCAGACGACACUGUUCCCAACUCUGGAAAAACUACUGGAAUAUUACACCCAAAACAACUUACCGAAACACACCAGCUCGCUUACGAAACCUUAUAGAGAAUCGGCGGACUAUAUAAACGGCAUGUAGAAAACUGUAAGCGGAUGGUGGGAAGCUGCAGCCGAGAACUUCACUCACCAUAGCCCAUCAACAUAUCCUGUCUUUUGCCGCUCCCUAUAGAGAAUCACUCUUAGCAGUAUGCAGUGUAAAGGAUAGUUGACCAUAAACACUACACUCACCCCAAUCUGCUGAUAUACCACACAAAGUUAACUAGCACACGUGUACUUGAAUACACACCUGUACAGUAACUCUGUUGAAAGCCUCUUCUUCGUACUAAACGACUUCUAAAAUUGUUUUUUGGGGGGCGGGGAGGGGGGCGGGGGAUGUGUAGGGCAUUCAGACAGAUUGCAAAACUGAAUACCAAAAUAUGUGGAUAUCGCUGAUUCGGAGGGUGACGAUAUCUCAACUCUGCCACGCAGAUAAUGGAUUAGUUGCUGGACUAUAGCUAGUUACUUAAAUAGUUGCUGAAUUAGUUACUUAAACAGUUGCUUGCUGGAAUGGUUCUUAACAUUUCCUUCUUCAUUAUUACAUGAACACAUUGUGCCUACAUAUUUAUUAUUCUAAAUAUUCCAGUAAUUCACCUACAUGGGAAAGGGUUGGGUGGGUUGUGAGGGGGUAACAUAUAGAAACAAACUCUGACUCUGUCAAAUUUCUGUGUGCAUAUUCCGAGGAUCAUUAAACUAUACGGUAGUGACAGCGUUCAUAUGAGUGAUACAUGUACAUGUAUGUGUUAAAAAAUGGCUACAAGAGAUUACAGUUAUUAGGUUAUAAAAGUGUUCACUAACUGUUGAUCAUAUCCAUUAACUUUAUGUAUUUUAUGUGGUUAUUUCAUAUGGUUGUUUUAUAGGGUUGUGAUUUUAUAGUCUUACUCUGGGACCUACUUCCAGUCUCACUUGAAGCUGCGCUCUCACAGAUAUACCGUUUUUACAACUUUCUUUUUAUUUUUUGUCUUGGAAAGAGCAAAUUUUUACGUAAAUAUCUGCAAACCAAUGAUAAAAGAUUGCUGACAAAGGAUGAGAUUGCAGAUGGUCAUAUUUCCAUUCGAAAAUUAAUGUUUUAUAGCUUAAACAGUUACUAAUGGUUUAAGAAAAAUGCUUAAAAACAUUAAUUUUUGAACUUAAAUAUAAAAAUCUGCGAUCUAAUUUUUUGUCAGCAGUCUUAUAUAACUGGUGUCCAUAUAAUUUAGCAAAAAUUGGCUCGUUCCAAGACAAAAAAUAAAAAAGUUGUUAAACCGUUCAAACUGUGAGAGUGCAGCUUUAAAAAGUGCCUUCCAAAGUGGGAUUACUCUUUUUAUGUAAUGAAAUGAUACUUUGGUUCACCCCAGAUUUUUCUGUCAUGUUGAAUUUUUUAUUGUGUAUUACAAAAGUAUGUUUAAAAGCAUGCAUGCAUUGAACCCGCUACGCUGUCUUAAAACUACAUUGUAGCCUGCAUACUUUGUCUAGUAAACAGUGUACUUCAAUAACCUGACAACUGACAAUGACAACUGAACGCAAUAUUUUUAUAAAAAAUAAAAUUAUUCAUUUAUCACAUAUGUUAAUAACAGUGAUUAUAAAACAAAUGUUAACAAGUUCUAUAUAAUGUGUGACAUUCGAUAUGCUUCAUUGUGUAACAAAUGACAUUCUAAAAAGUGAAAUAAAUGUACUAAAAUGC